AUGGGUUCUAUUUCUGCCGCCAACAAGCUCACUUCACGCCAUCCUCUUCAACGCCUCCCUUCCCCAUCUCCAACAAUCUCAGCUCUCAUCCAUCUCAUUGGACUUACUUCCUUCUUUCUAUCCUAUAAAUACCUCUUCGACUUUCCAACAUUCGUUAACUCUUCCUAUGGCUGGCACUUCCAAUAUCUCACCAUCAUUGGUCUUACUCUAGCGUUUCUUACUUUUGUUUUCGGUCUCCUCUCCGACAUCACUCUCUCCUCAAAACUUUUCCUGAUCAAAAACUCUCUCUCAUUAUGCUCCGCCCCUCUCGAAGUUUUGAUAUCUGUUUUUUAUUGGGGAAUUUCGGCUAUUGAUAAGAAGCUUUUGAUGCCUCCCGAGAUUGUUAUUAGCCCAUACGCUGAUGUGGGGUUUCAUGCUAUGCCAGCUAUCUUGCUGACCAUUGAUCUCCUGUUUUUGAGUCCGCCAUGGACUAUCAAUGCACUGCCUGCUAUGGGCCUUUCAUCGACUUUAGCAGUUGCAUAUUGGGCUUGGGUGGAACAGUGUCAUAAGUAUAAUGGAUUUUACCCAUACCCAUUAUUCGGACAACUUGACACAAUACAAAGAGUUAUUUUAUUUACUAGCGCUGCAUUGACAAUGACUGGAAGUACGGCAAUGCUUAAGUGGCUUUAUGGAAGAGUUAAUGGUUUGCAGGGUGCUCAAUAUAGGAGCACACCUAACAAUAUCAAGGGAGAAUAG